UCUCAAUAUAUAAAAAAAAAAGCCCAGCCAAAUGGCAGCGAUCAUUGCCUCAUUUAGCCUAUUGUCACGGGACUCUCGGGCGGUUAUGGCAGGCGGCAGAACAUGAUGAGCAACACCGAGUCGCCCCUCCUCAAGCCGCUGACAGGACCGAGAAAAGAAUCUACGUGCCUCAAAUAGAUUUAGGUGGACUGAUCCGUGGUAACAGAAUACCAAUUCCUCCGCAUUUUUCAUGCUCUUCGCGCAUCGAAAAAAGUGGGACAACGACAGUCUGUUGCGCAGUUGGCUGGCUCUGCCAUCCUGGGCCGAGGGGCCCAACUCAUCGGCAGAAAAGAACAAUGGUCUCUCCAACAAUUGUCAGCCAGGAGUGAACAAUCGGAACAUGCCAUUGCUACGGGCGUCUACAACACUUCCUGCAAUAACCUUUUAGAACUUGUCAGACUAGCGCUGUCUAUAUCUAUCCCUUCUUUCCCUCAAGUUCAUGCCUGUGACCAUUGCUGCGCCGGGGAAAAAGCGUCGAAAGGUUCGGUUUCCAUCAUCCGGUCAAACUACCCAGGUAGAGAGGCUUGCAACGAAAUAUAUCAGGGCCCAGCAACCGGUCAGUAGCAAUUUGUCUGCAGUGCUCGCUUCCAAAUACCCGUCGUCAAGCCAAGCCCUCAGGAUGGCCGAAGCCACACCACAUCCUGCUGUUCCGGCUCUCUUUACAGAGCCUCCGGUGCUCAGGGACACUCUCAUCACAGAAACAAUUGAGCUGCAGGAUGAAACACUAAACAAGUGUCUACCAUUCCUCAAAGGCAUUCACGGCAGUCAAAAGGGCCCUCUGAACCAGCAGGGGGCUCCCCCGCUCAGACGAGAUAAGCAUAUUGGCUAUCUGUAUGAUUCCCUAGAAGACUACCCUUCGGGGUUCGUUGCAAUGGAUGCCAGUCGCCCCUGGAUGAUCUAUUGGGCACUAGCUGGUCUGAGUCUCUUAGGAGAAGAUGUUAGUAGACAUCGUGAACGUACGAUAUCUACGUUUACCCCGAUGCAGAACCCUGCAGGCGGGUUUGGCGGAGGCCAUGGCCAAAUAUCGCACUGUGCAUCAAGCUAUGCCGCGGUGCUCUCUCUUGCUAUGGUUGGGGGCGAUGAGGCAUUGAAUCUUAUCGAUCGUGGAGCAAUGUGGAGAUGGCUGGGAAAGCUAAAGCAGCCAGAUGGAGGUAUCACAGUCUGUGAGGGUGGGGAAGAAGACGUCAGAGGUGCCUACUGCGCCAUGGUGAUCAUCUCUCUUUUGGACUUGCCACUUGAUUUGCCCCCCGAGGCCAGAGCCCGACAAUAUGGCCUAGAAUCCUUUACAAGUGGCCUUCCGGAAUACCUAGCUCGAUGCCAAACGUUUGAAGGUGGGAUUUCCGGCAGCCCCGGUACGGAAGCGCAUGGCGCCUACGCAUUCUGUGCAUUGGCGUGCCUAUGCAUCCUUGGCCAGCCUGAGGCUACGGUUCUCAAAUGCAUGGACGUUCCGUUACUUCUCUCUUGGCUUUCUGCUCGACAAUAUGCACCUGAAGGAGGUUUCGCUGGGAGGACCAAUAAGCUGGUGGACGGGUGCUACAGUCAUUGGGUUGGGAGCUGCUGGCCUCUGAUCCAAUCUGCCUUGGACGGAACUCAAACAGCUGCGUCCUACAAGGAAUCUGCUGUCGGAAAUCUCUAUAGUCGAGAAGGGCUGACGAGAUAUAUCCUUGGUUGUUGUCAGGCAACAAAUGGAGGCCUCCGCGACAAGCCUGGAAAACAUCCCGAUUCGUACCAUACAUGCUACACCCUCACAGGCCUCAGUUCAGUGCAGUAUCGGCAUUACCACACGGACGUCAGUGCUACUUCCAAGGCAGAAUUCUCCGCGGCAUUUUCAUGGAAAUAUGUCCCCGUUCGAAAUCCGGAAGGCCAUGGUACGGAUGUCAAUGUGUUCGACGAGAAUGACCGUCUGGCAGCGUUCCACCCGUUAUAUGUUAUACCUCAUAACAGUGCCGAGAGGAUGCGUCUUUGGUGUGAAAAUAGGCCUCUAGAUGUUUGAAUUUCAGGAUAGGAAGCACUUAAGAUAAGAUGAGCAAUUCACACGUAUCAAGCACGAUGAUUGUGUUCAUCAGGCAGUUCACAUGGCUUCUCUAUAACAGAUACCAAGUACCAUAAAUUUCCCAGCGCUCACUGUCCGUGUACUGCCAACCGGCAAGGCACGAACGACAGGAGCAACAAGUCUAGUGGUAGUAAAUGGUUAGUUUGAAGAGAAAUACGCUUAUAUAUUACU